AUGUAGGAGUUAACAGAACUUAAGAACUUAGUUAUACAAUCUUUAGAGGCUAAUGGAUCCUUGGCAAAGAUUAGGGCUUAAAUAAGAGCAUCUGUCUUUAAUGUAGUUGAUUAGUAAGAGGGCAACAACAAAAAGCCAUCUCCAUUCUUUUGGGAAAACAAUAAAGCUUAAACAAUUUAUGAAUUGGGUUGUGGUAGAGAUAUGUUAGAAUUGAUAAAAGAGUUUUUCCUCUUUUUUGAUAUGCAUUACACAAAUUCAAUAUUUUCAAGUGAAAGUAAUUUGAGAGAAGAAAUUAAUAGGGAAUAGAUUGCCAAGAAAUUAAAUAUUGAAGCCAAUGACACAACAAAGCCAUUGCUAUAUUUCUUAUUGAAAAAUAGAAAUUCAGAAAAAUAAUCUGAGGAAAAAGUUCAUUAAAAAGUUGCUCAGCCAUCUCCAAAAGAAGUAUAAUUGUAGCAAUAACAAUAAUAAUAAUAAUAAUAAAAAUAAUAAUAGGAAUAAAAGUUGUAAGAGUAGAAAAAAUAAGAUGAAUUGAGAAAAUAGGAAGAACUCAAAAGACAAGAAGAAGACAAGAGAAAGUAAUAAUAAGAUGAAUAAAGAAAACUUGAUGAAUUAAAAAAAAAAUAAGAAGAGUAAAAGAGGUUAGAAGAAUAAAAGAAGGAAUAGCAACGAAAACAAUAAGAAGAAUAAAGGAAAUAAUAGGAGGAGUUGAAAAAGCAAUAAGAAUAAUAAAAAUUAGAGUAAUAAAAGAAGGAAUAAGAAAAACUAAAGGAAUAGCAAAAGCAACAAGAAUUAUUGAAAUAAUAAUAAGAAAAGUAAAAGUAGGAAGCAGAUUAAAAAAAGGCAUAGUAAAAGAAGGUCGAUAACAGAAAUUUUGAGGAUGAAAAAUAUGAUAAUGAAGAUUUAGAAGAGGAAUUGGAGGGAGAUGAUCUGAGGGAUUCAUAAUUAUAAUAAGAUUAGUUUUAAGAAUCAGAUGAAUAUAUGCAGCAAUCCUAAUCAUAAGGAAUUGAUAUGACUGUUGAUUCAGCUGCUUUAGAAGAAUUUGAUUACUUCGAGGAGAUAGAAGAUAUGGAUUGA